AUGUUCCUAUUGUUCUCGAUCAUGAUCUCGAAUGAUCUUGGUAGCGAUUCUCAUGAAAUUAAACCCCAUGUUAGUGACUUAAGUAUGAGCAUCUUAGCCAAUGUCCAUCUUGUCAACAAACUCAUUGAAGAAAUGAAGAUCCCUGUCUCUGACGGUGCCACGAGUUUUGAGGAUUCUGGGACACAAACUCGUGAUUGGGAUCAUAAAGGUCCACUGCUUAAGGGUCCAUUGCUUCAGAUUUACGAUGUUAGAGUAGAUAUGGACUCUCUACGGCUAGGCCAAACGCUCUCUGGCCCAGGACCCGAGAUCUUCUCGGAUUGUUUUGACCGGCAGUCUCGCUCGCCCUGCAUUACGAUGUUGUCUCCAUUGCCACUGGCCGGUGUGAUUCUUCACCGGAGAGGCCCAAUCCACCGCUCUCAAUCCCUCCUCCCCUUGAUGGCCCAAUCCACCGCUCUGCUCUGA